CCCGCCUUGCCGAACUAAUGGAGGGCCUUACGGUUCGCCUGCUGCGCGGCAGCGGGCUGCUAAGAAGAAAUUUCCUGACUUGCCUGUCUUCUUGGAAAAUUCCUCCUCGAGUCCUAAAGUCUUCCCAUUCAGAAGCUCUGCUCGAUGUAACAAGUAAUGGACUACUCUUUGCCCCACUGCAAACACUUACAGAAGAGGAAAUGAUGAUAAAGAGUUCGGUUAAAAAAUUUGCAGAGGAUCACAUUGCUCCUUUGGUUUCAACAAUGGAUGAAAAUUCGAAAAUGGAAAAGUCUGUAAUACAAGGAUUAUUUCAACAAGGGUUGAUGGGUAUUGAAAUUGACACAAAAUACAGAGGAACAGGAGCUUCAUUUUUUUCCUCUGUCCUAGCAAUAGAGGAAUUAGCCAAAGUUGAUGCAUCUGUGGCUGUCAUGUGUGAUGUUCAGAACACAAUAACUAACAAACUGAUUAGCAAACAUGGAACAGAAGAACAAAAGGCCACCUAUUUGCCCCAACUGGCUACAGAAAAGAUAGGAAGUUUCUGCCUUUCGGAGGCUGGAGCAGGUAGUGACUCAUUUGCUUUGAAGACCAGAGCUGAUAAAAAGGGAGACUGUUAUGUCAUCAAUGGGUCAAAGAUGUGGAUCACCAGUGCCGAGUAUGCAGGGCUCUUCCUGGUGAUGGCAAAUGUAGACUUUUCCAUUGGCUAUAAAGGAAUUACCUGCUUCUUAGUAGAUCGUGAUACAGCAGGCCUUCACAUAGGGAAGGCAGAAAACAAAAUGGGGAUCAGAGCUUCUUCCACCUGCCCGUUAACAUUUGAAGAUGUCAAGGUUCCAGAAGCCAAUAUCUUGGGACAAAUUGGACAUGGCUACAAGUACGCCAUAGGGAGUCUUAAUGAAGGUAGAAUAGGAAUUGCUGCACAGAUGCUGGGAGUGGCCCAAGGAUGUUUUGACUACACAAUUCCGUAUAUUAAAGAAAGAAUACAAUUUGGCCAAAGAAUAUUUGAUUUUCAGGGACUCCAACACCAAGUGGCUCACGUGGCCACCCAGCUGGAAGCUGCAAGAUUGCUAACAUACAAUGCUGCUAGGCUUGUAGAAGCUGGAAGGCCAUUCAUAAAAGAAGCAUCUAUGGCCAAAUACUAUACAUCAGAGGUCGCAGGUCUAACAACUAGUAAGUGCAUUGAGUGGAUGGGAGGAGUUGGCUACACCAAAAAUUACCCCGUGGAAAAAUACUUCCGAGAUGCAAAGAUUGGUACGAUCUAUGAAGGAGCUUCCAAUAUCCAACUGAACACCAUUGCAAAGCACAUUGAUGCAGAAUACUGACAUCUAUAGGAAUGGGACCCUUGCCUGGUGUCCCUGUUGUAAAAUUUUAAACUAUUGUGCCUUGUUGGAGGAAUAAACCUCCAUAGCUUUGAAGUAUUUUUUUUACCCUCUUUGUCAUGGUCCUGGGCAUAGGGCUUUUCAGUUUUAUCUUUUCAGUCUGCUAACUUAAGGCACAGGAGAUCAAUUUUUAAAUUUGGAUGGAAGAGGGCCCAUAUUUUUUCCAAAACUUUUAAAAGUUCUAUACAUAUUUAUAUUAUAAUUCUGGUUUUAGAGCAUUCAGAAAUUCAUCGGCAUUUAGAAAAAUAAAGACAUUUGAAGUAUCAUAUUACACAAAUAGUUAUUUUAUAUUACUAUUAAAUCUGUGUUUUGUGACACUAGUCAGAGAAGCAUUUGUUAUAGUAGGUACUCUUUAUUUAAUGCUUUAUAGAUUUAAUUCUAAGUUGCUAAGCAAAAAAACUGAUAAUUUACUUAAGAAAAUCUAAAAUUCUAAUUUUAGAUACCAGAAUUGGUGGAAAAUAAGAGUCUAACAACUUUGAAGGUCAUAUAAUUGAAGAAAACAUUAUUUUAACAAAGUAAAACAAUAUAAUUUGUUACUAUGAUUGAACUAUAUAAAAGAUGCACUUAGUUUCAGUAGGUCAUUUUAAAAGCAAGUCUCUAUGUUAGUUUUCAAAUACAAAGUUUAAGUAAUUUUGCUUUAAUAAUCAGAAAAUACUCAAUUCAGUAUGAUAAUAGUCAUUCUAUCAUGCACUAUUUUUCAAUAGUACAAUUUCUUUCUGUAUUUUAAGUGAAUGUUGUUACCUCAAACUUGGUUAUUGGGUUUUAUCCUGAAUAGUAAUUCAGAAUCUAGGUUUUGGCUCAGUGAUUUUUUUUUUUUUGAGCUGGAGUCUCCCUCUGUCGCCC